CAUGGUCCCGCCCCCACAAUGAGUUCCUGCGGCCGUGACUCUGAAGCUCGGCCUGGCGAAGAUCCACAUCCAUUUUCAAGCUUUUCCAGGCCUUCCCUGCACGUCAGAAACACGAGUCACGUCAAAGCCAAAAGGAAGUUUGGGGAGCGCCCUCAGCCACAGCGCCUAACCAGAGAAGCCAUGAGGAAUUACCUAAAGGAGCGAGGGGACCAAACUGUCAUGAUCCUGCACGCAAAGGUCGCACAGAAAUCCUACGGCAACGAGAAAAGGUUCUUCUGCCCUCCCCCCUGCGUGUACCUGAUGGGCAGCGGCUGGAAAAAAAAGAAGGAGCAGAUGGAGCGGGACGGCUGCUCCGAGCAGGAGUCGCAGCCGUGCGCCUUCAUCGGCAUCGGCAACAGCGACCAGGAAAUGCAGCAGCUUAAUUUAGAGGGGAAGAACUAUUGCACUGCCAAAACCUUGUACAUAUCGGACUCCGACAAGAGAAAGCACUUCAUGUUGUCUGUCAAGAUGUUCUACGGCAACAGCGCCGACAUCGGUGUCUUCCUCAGCAAGAGGAUCAAGGUCAUCUCCAAGCCCUCCAAAAAGAAACAGUCCCUGAAAAACGCCGACUUAUGCAUCGCGUCCGGCACCAAGGUGGCGCUGUUCAAUCGUCUGCGCUCCCAAACAGUCAGCACACGCUAUCUCCAUGUCGAGGGGGGCAACUUCCACGCCAGCUCCCAACAAUGGGGAGCCUUCUACAUCCAUUUGUUGGAUGACGAGGAGUCAGAGGGUGAGGAGUUCACCGUGAGAGACGGUUACAUCCACUACGGCCAGACGGUCAAGCUAGUGUGUUCGGUCACCGGCAUGGCGCUGCCCAGACUGAUAAUUCGUAAGGUGGAUAAGCAGACGGCGCUGCUGGACGCCGACGAUCCGGUAUCCCAGCUCCACAAGUGUGCCUUCUACCUGAAGGACACCGAGCGCAUGUACCUGUGCCUCUCGCAAGAAAGGAUCAUCCAGUUUCAAGCCACACCGUGCCCAAAGGAACCAAACAAGGAGAUGAUCAACGACGGCGCCUCCUGGACAAUCAUCAGCACGGACAAGGCCGAGUACACUUUCUACGAGGGCAUGGGCCCGGUCCAGUCGCCUGUCACCCCCGUGCCUGUGGUCGAGAGCCUACAGCUCAACGGCGGCGGAGACGUCGCCAUGCUGGAGCUGACGGGACAGAACUUCACUCCGAACCUGCGAGUGUGGUUCGGAGACGUCGAGGCUGAGACCAUGUACAGGUGCGCAGAGAGCAUGCUGUGCGUAGUGCCCGACAUCUCGGCCUUCCGCGAAGGCUGGCGCUGGGUGCGGCAGCCCGUCCAGGUCCCGGUCACGCUGGUAAGAAACGACGGCCUCAUCUACUCCACCUCACUGACCUUCACCUACACUCCCGAACCCGGGCCGCGGCCGCACUGCAACGCCGCCGGCGCCAUCCUGCGAGCCGGCAACUCCGGCCUGCUGGGCAACAGCGGCGCCCCCGAAGCGGGACCCGGCGUCUACGGUCCCGGAACGGGCGUGACGUCCUCGUCGGCCGCCGCCGCUGUGGUCUCCUAACGCUCAAUCCGCAAACUAGGAUACCGCCAGGGAGAGAACAAUUUUGGAAUACUUCAACAAAAUACACACACACACACACACACAGAAAAAAAAAGUUCUGUGUUUCAGUUAUGGAUAUGUGGAAAUGAAAAAUUCAUUGUGCGAGAAAAAGGAAGAAAUGUGGGGGGAAAUCUGAAGGAGCGAUGUCACAAAGCUGCCCUCGUGACAGGACUGGGCAAAACGUGGUCUCCUCUCGCCCCCCCAGCCCCCCACGCCGGGAUCCGUUCCUGCUGUUCGGGAAAGUUGCCGCUUCCCGCUCCAGGUUCCUGUUCCCGUUUUGCACUGCCCUCCAGAUGCUUCCUAAUCCCAAGUAUUCCUCCUGCGUCGGCUGUGCUCUGGAGAUGUGUUGUUGGGGGCGGCGCGCGGACGCCGACGUGACGUUAACGUAGUUUUUUUUGUUGUUGUUGUUUUUGUUUUUUUUUUUCUGGACCAAGGAUCUUGUAUAAGCUUUAGUAAAGGUACACUUUUCUCCAUACCUUUUUUUUAUAUAAAACAUAUUGUACACUUUUGUUACCAAAUAGUUUGUAUUCCUGCUAUGAACUUGUGCCCCCCUCCCAACCUGUCCUUUUCCCACUUUCUUCUGCCGGAAGGGGGAGAAUCUAAAAGUCUGUGUGCGUGCGUGCGUGCGUGCGUGUCAGGGGAACCACCUCAAGAGGGCCUAUUUUUUAUUCUUCUUGGUUUUUAUGAAGUCUUUGAAAGAAAAGCUUUAAGCAACGCCUUUGCCUUGCCUGCAAUACAUGCGCCAUGUCUCCUUUUUGGAUUCCCACUCAUCACUGGAGCAUUUUUUUUUUUUUCCUUCUUCCCAACGCACUCGUACAACUCUGGAAAAAUCGAGUCUGAGUCCUGUGUUCGAGACCCGUGUGUGGAUACAGUCCAUAUCAUGUGGCUCACGUGGACGCGUCUUCCAAGUGACAGUGACAAAAAAAGACACUUAUUCAAUUCAAUGUGGCCUUACUAACAUGUUACAAUGACAGGAGGGGGAAAAAAAAAAAAAAACGCUUCUGCUCACCUUCAUGUCCAGUUUCUGUCGGUACUGUCACACGAGAGCCUUUGGGUUUUUUUUUUUUUUUUUUUUUGGAAAAUCCAUCAAGUGUUUGCACUCACGGAGCAUAUCAAGGCCUUCUUUGUGUGUUGUUGAAGUUUUCCUAACAGCAAUAUUGUACAGCUCGCGAGCACCACGACUUCACCAGCCAGCCCGUAAAUACCGCGUGCGCGUCGUUUUGAAAAGAAACGUCGUCGUUGGACACACUCCAUCGACUCUCCAAAUAGUCCGAAAAGGAAGAGGAAGCGGGGAGGUACGUGUGACCUCACCGUACCGCUGCAAAGUUGAAUGUGUGCUGAAUGAAGUUGAAAGGAGAGAAAAAGAUUAAAAAAAAAAAAAAGAAAUUAAGUUAUGCCACCCUCAUCAUGAAAUGUUGAAUAUUUUAAUAUUUUAAAUUAUUGGAAGAAAGUUCCCCCUCAUGUCAAAAAAAAAAGUGCAUUAUCGCCUGUGCUGCCUCGAUGGGCCUGGGAUUUUUUUUUUUUUUUUUUAAUUCUUCUUCUGGUGAUGAUAAGGAAACGUCUGCAUUUGUCAAGCAACGAAGCAAAGUGUAGCGACACAAAUUCCCUUUAGCGGCCAGGUCCGGCCCUCCUCUGCCCUCCGCUGGUAUUUUUGGCUUUUGUUUACACGUGGACCCUCAUUUUCUUCCCCAUCUGGCGCCUUCCUCGUCCGACGAGUACAGCCGCUCAAACUCUGAGCCGCUCUGUGUUUGAAAGGGACUUUGCCGAGGGCUACAAAAACAUGUUACAUGCCUUCUUAACGCGAUCCCUUUUUUGUUUUGUUUUUUAAUUUUCUCUUCUGGAAGCAGCUUUUUUGUUUUUUUUUCCCGAGGUUAUAAUGAGCGCCGAACAAUGUAUGUAAGCUCUUAAAAAUGCCAAAUGUCUGAUCGUGUAGGUCUUUUUUUUUUCAUGCACUGCACAGUGAGAGGCAGCUUUAAACAUGAAACAAACAAAAUAAAAAAAAAAGUCGCGCUCAGUCUUACUCCAAGGUCCCAUGCCAUCAUCCCCCCCCCACCGGCCCCCAAUCCUUGUCCUUUUAUCACAUUUGCCUGAACAUUUGGAUUGAAAAUGCCCAGAGUUCCCUUAACAAUGAUAUAUAUUUUACACAAUUAUUUGGUGUGGAAAGUCGCUUUGCUUUGCUCUGCUCGGUUCUUGGCGGGAAGAUGUCACGUUGGGAUUGUUGGCACGUGAGCCGCUGAAUGAAAAUUUAAAGGACGUUUUGACGCCCAACACCCCACCCCACCCCCGGUCACCCACCCCAA